AUGUCGACCAGCCACAACAGCGACAAUGACGACGAGAGGAGUCUCUCUAUUUACAGCGAGUGCGAAGGACGACCCGAUGACAAGCAUGUGGACGAAGAAGGAACGGCCCGUCCCUCCUUGGCCGAAAUGGAAACUCGCGCGGUGCAAUGGUCCAAACUGUUGGUAUUUGUGGUCUUGUUGACGGCCGCCUCUGCCGUGACCAUAUCAGUGUAUUUGAAAUCCUCCCGAACCGAAGAAGAAGCAUUUCAAGAUACAUUUGAGGAAUACACGGAACAAAUCAUUAGUACGGUCCAUCGCAAUGCCCAGUCCAAACUCGAAGCCGUCGGCGCCAUUGCCCUCCAGAUUCAAGCCUACGCCAUUACCGAGGGCAAGACAUGGCCCAACGUGACAGUUCCCUUUUUCGAAGAACACAUCAUGGCCACGCAAUCGUUGACGGAUGCCUAUGGCGUACAACUCUUUCCCGUCGUGACCAAUGAGACUCGAGCGGCAUGGGAAGAAUACUCGGUAGAAAACCGGGGAUGGCUCAAUGACAGUUACGCCGCGCAACGACACGUCUACGGCGAAGAUCAACGGAUACUACAACGAAUCCAAUCCGGACUUUUCGCCGGCAUUUCCAACAAAAUAUUUGGCACUACCUUUAAUGCCGACAAACAUCCCAUUAUCGAUCCCUCACCGGGACCCUUCUUUCCGCAAUGGCAAACUGCCGCGGCUUCCUGGUAUUAUCAAACCACCGUCAACUCCAACUAUGGCAAUUUUGAGGACUUUUUCAAUCAAACUCAAAUUGUCAUGGAGACGUCCACCGCGGCCUAUGGCAUGGCAUGGUCCGAUGGCAAUGUCCCGGGAUAUAUCAGUACCAUGCUCUAUCCCAUUUUUGACUCUUUUUACGGCACCAACGGCACGACUUCCCCUCAGGUUGUGGCAUUUACUGCCAUUGAUCUCUACUGGCAAGCCUUUAUCGAACGCAUCCUCCCGCCGGGCGCCGAUGGCAUUUACGUGGUCAUGGAAAAUGCCCCUCCGUGUGAUCAAUCGUUCACGUUUGAAAUACGCGGCAACAUUGCCACCUUUGUCGAUGACGGCGAUCAACACGAAGUCACACCCGAGUUUGAUGCCAUGAAGACCAGUUUUGUCUUUGGCAGUCCACUCAUGGAACCCAUUGCGUCCUUGACAUAUACCGGACGACCACUCUACGACGACUUUUGUCCCUACACAUUUCAUAUCUAUCCCUCGCAAGAACUCAAAGACAAAUAUGUCACGACCAAACCCAUGUGGUAUGCCGUCAUUGUCUGCGGGGUCUUUCUCUUUACAUCCCUGGUGUUCUUGACGUAUGAUUGGCUUGUGGAGCGGCGACAACGCUUGGUCCUCUCGUCCGCCAAUGAAGCCGAUGCCGUCGUUUCGUCCCUCUUUCCCAGUUCCGUCAAGGAACGACUCUACGAAAACGAACGCACCAGUAUGGCCCUGAAACAACAGCAGCAACAACAAGAACAACAAUCGACACGCUAUUCGUCAGGCGGUGCCAUACUGAAAAACAACAAUAAUGAGAAUACUGUAAAGGAGUUCAUGGGCACGGCCAAUCCCAACAACAAGAGUGAUUCGGCCUUACAGCAGGAAGUGUCACCCAUUGCCGAGCUAUACCCCGAGACAACCAUCAUGUUUGCCGAUUUGGUUGGAUUUACCAGCUGGAGUGCCAAUCGCCAACCGAAUGAGGUAUUUGUGCUAUUGGAGACUUUGUAUGGAUUGUUUGAUGCCGCAGCGGCACGCCGUGGUGUCUUCAAGGUGGAAACGAUUGGUGACUGCUACGUUGCUGUCACUGGGCUACCCAAACCUCAAGAGCAACAUGCUUUGAUCAUGGUGAAAUUUGCAGAUGAUUGCAGGCUCAAAAUGCGGCAGGAGCUGCACAGCCUGGCAGAAACACUGGGCCCCAAAACUCUGGAUCUGGCCCUUCGAACGGGGCUGCAUUCCGGCCCUGUCACUGCAGGAGUUCUUCGAGGAGAAAAAGCACGUUUUCAACUAUUUGGUGAUACUAUGAAUACUGCUGCUCGAAUGGAAUCAAACUCAGCGCCCAACCGGAUCCAUGUGUCCGAAGCAACGGCCCAGCUGCUGCGCAAAGCGGGCAAGUCUCACUGGGUCAAUAAACGGGAAACAAAAAUCCACGCCAAAGGCAAGGGAGAGAUGCAGACCUACUGGAUUGACACUCGCUCGGGCGGAAGUGUGCGGUCAGGCCUUAGUGUGAGCACCUAUUCCAUGGCAGACCCAUACAAUGCGAGUGUUUCCGAGUUUCAAACGGAACCUGGACGAAUGGAUGCACUGCACUUUUAG